AUGGAUCCCACUCUCAGAUCUCAAGAAGAUGAUGCAAUACAAAGUAUAAUAUUGGAAGCUCCAUGGUUCAAGUCUUGUAAAGGACUGUGUGCUUAUAUAAGUUGUAGUGCUCUAAGAGAAGUUGACACUUCUAAAGUGUUGUCUGAAAUUCUAAAGAACACAGAUCAAGAUAAUCAUUCACAGGUGAGCAAAAAGUUGUAUGUUCCUCGAGUAGAGGACAAGAACAGUCACAUGCGGAUGCUGAAUAUCUCUAGCAUGAAUGAUCUAAUUUCGAAUUCCAUGGACAUAUUGGAGCCUGCUCCUGUUGAUGCAGAGGGAAAUGAACGCCAAGAUGUCAUGUUUGCCGACGAACCUGUGGACUUGUUCCUCUUACCUGGGCUUGCCUUUGACAAAUCUGGUAGGCGCUUGGGCCGUGGUGGAGGUUAUUAUGACACCUUCCUCACCAAGUACCAAGAGCUCGCAAAGGAUCGCAACUGGAAGAGACCUUUAUUUGUUGCUCUUUCUUAUUCGCUGCAGAUAUUGGAUGAAAACAUUAUACCAAUGACCCCAAACGAUGUCCUCGUGGAUGCUCUUGUGUCAUCCUCUGGUGUGAUCCCCAUUAGUUCAGCUGCACAGGCGAUGUACCGGAGCAGUCACCCCUGA